AUGCACCAGCCUCCACCCGCGCCCCCAACGCGGCGGGUCACCGGCUCCUCGUGCCCCACGCCCCGCCCCUCCGCCCCGCGUGGCGGGCCCAGCCAAUCAGCGCGCCGCGAGCCGGGCCGCCCGCCUCCUCGAGGCCGCGCGCCCAAUAGGGAGCAGCCCUGCCCCUCGCGGCUUGUCAACGGGCGACGGCCACAGAGUGGGGCUCGGCUAGAGCGCCCCGGACGCUGUGCUUCGCGUGGGGCGGGACUUCCGGGAGGGCAGAGCCCGGAAGCGCGGUCCCUGCGCGCGACGCUUGGCGUUUCCGGGUGCGCGGAGGGCGCUGGAGGUCGGUCUCCCGCAGCUGAGCAGCGCAGGAGGGGGACCAGCUCCUACCAGUCAGUCUGGGACUUUGUUCUCAGGGGGCUUCACUUGACAUACAUUACUGAGUCGUCCGCGGAACUCCUUUGCCAACUGCAUUCCUGUGACCAAGAACCUGAAGGAGCUGCCAGAUGUCAAAUUGCUUCAUAUUCUGCGGCUUCGAGAUCCAGGCAAAUGUCCACGAAGGAGAGGAUCGUAACCACCAAGACUCAGUGUGAACGCAGGGCCCUGGAUUCUGUUGUGGGUAGGAAUCCGAUGGACCAGGUGUGCAGAUCCUUUGGCUUGGCUGCCCGUGAUCCCUCUGAAGCCAGUAGCACUGGUUUGAUGCAAUCACUACUCAACAAUUUACCAAGCAAGACUGGGCCCUACCAUCUCCAACUUUCUCACAUGUCAGUGACAAGAAACAGAGGCUGAGGACUGACCUAUAAUCCCUGAUGAAAAGUAACACUACCAUUAAAUCCCGACUCCAUUGUGCUACCUGUGAUAGUUAAUUUUAAUGCCAACUUGACUGGCUCAUGCAGUGCCCAGAAUGUUUUUGGCUAAACAUUAUUUCUGGAAGUGUCCAUGAAGGUGUUCCCAGGAGAGAUUAGUAUUUGAGUUGGUGGACUGAGUAAACAAGACUGCCCUCUGCAAUGUGGGUGGGCAUCAACGGAUCUGUUGAGGCCCUGAAUAGCUCAAAGAGGCAGAGGGAAGCUGAAGCUGAAUUCUUUUUCUUUGCUGGACUGAUAAACUGGGACAUUAGUCAUCUCCUGCCCUUGGACUGGGAUUUCCACCGUCAGCUCCCUGGAGUCCCCAGGCCUUUGUACUUGGACCUAAUUAUACCACCAGCUCUCCUGGGUCUCCAGCUUGCAGACAACAGACUGUGGGACUUCUCAGCCUCCAUAAUCACAUGAGACUCAUAACGCCUCAUAAUAAAU